CAGUCUACUGCUCAGUUGCUAUAUUUCACUGUGACUGGUUAAACAGCGGCUCUCUCACAUGCUCGAAUGUGCAUUGUUUUGACGGACAGCAGACAGCAGAGAAAUCAUGAGCGCCAAGCCAGGAACCAGUGUCGCCGCCGCUACCGUCGUUGGCAAUGGCAAUCCCAGUAUUAAUGACAUCAACCUGGAGGCACUCUCGCUCAGCGAAGGCAUACGCGAAUCACCGGUUUGCAUCAUUGUGCUGGGCAUGGCGGGAUCAGGUAAAACCACCUUUACUCGCAGCCUCAUCCAGCAUGCGCAAUCGCAGUUCAAUCCGUAUGUGGUCAAUUUGGAUCCGGCGUGCCGUGAGGUGCCGUAUGCGGCACACAUCGAUAUUCGCGACACCGUCAACUACAAGGAGGUGAUGAAACAGUAUCAACUGGGACCGAACGGCGGUAUUGUCACCGCCCUCAACAUGUUCACCACCAAGAUGCCCAAGUUUGCGGAGCUGGUGCGUCGCGCCGGCGAACGUGGUCACAAGUGGUGCAUCAUCGAUACGCCCGGUCAAAUUGAGGUGUUCACCUGGUCGGCAUCCGGCAACAUUAUCACUGAAGGUCUGGCCACCAUGUUUCCCACCAUUGUCGUCUAUGUGAUGGAUGUGGUGCGCUCCACAUGCCCAACCACCUUCAUGUCCAACAUGCUCUAUGCCUGCUCCAUACUGUACAAGACGCGUCUGCCCUUCCUCGUAGCCCUAAACAAGAUUGAUCUGAAGGAAUGCAGCUUUGUGCAGGAGUGGAUGACGGACUUUGAGGCCUUUCAGGAUGCCCUCGAAAAGGAGCAGAGCUAUGUGAAUAAUCUAACACGCACCAUGUCCCUCACGCUGGACACAUUCUAUGAAAAUCUGAUCACUUGCGGCGUAUCGGCCAAGAGCGGAGUUGGCUUUUCCACACUGUUGACGCACUUGCUCGAGUGUGUCGCCGAAUACGAGCGUGACUAUAAGCCGGUCUACGAGAAGAUGCGUCAACAGCGCCUGGCCGAGCAGGCAACGGUUCCCGAUCCAGCUGCUCACAUCGAAGAAGCUGGCGUUGCAGUUCCCUUAGGCCUGGAUCUGAGAGAUCCGGUUAGUAAUACGGACAACAGCGUGUUCCUAAUGGCGCCCAGUUUGGUGCCGCAACAACUCGAUGCCGCCGAGCAGGAGAUGGAAACGGAUGCCAAAGGCGAUCUGGAGGAUCAAAACUUUCAGAGUUUCGUACAGAAUCACAUGACAGCACAGCAAAGUAAACGGGAUAAACAACAGCAGCAGGAGCAACAGAAUUAGUUAUUAUGUUUUUUUUUUUUAUUGGUAGACUCGUAAGCGCUAAGCCAUUAAAGCGAGUGCACACU